AUGGAGUUGCAUCGCGGGGAGGGGUCCGCGGAAAUCUCGUCAGGUCGCUUCCAGGCGCCUCCCCUCGGCGUGCCGUGCUCGCGGCCCGUGUCGGUAUCGGACGUGCUAGCAGACGGCGGCCGGCUGUUUUUGCAUUCGUCCAGAGGCGUCAUGGGAGCCUCGAUAUUACCGCAGAAGCGGCUGCUUGCCAGCCCGAAACAGAACGGAUGGUUUUCCGUUUCUGACGCGUCCGGAGCGACUCUGGCCUUCUCGGGAGUGUCUGGUCGGAGCGACUCGGCUUUUUCCAGUCGCAGCCGCAACGGUAGCGUUAACGGGACGGCUAACGGAACGCAUAACGGAGUGCAUUCGGGGGAUCUCGCAGCAGCGGCGGCGGCGUUAGGGUUACAGCCGUUGGUUCUGUCGUGUAGCCGCAGUGCCGCCGAGCGAGCGAAUCGCCUGGCAUUUCAGACGAGUGCUUCCGAUAGAGGGCCUGAUUCGUUUAAAGAACCCGAGUCGUUAAAAGGACCCGACUCGUUUCGCUGCAGCGUUCGUCCUCCGGUCUCCAGUGCCGCUGGUGAAGAGUCCUCCGGCCCUCCAAGCAUCCGUCAAGAGUCGGCGGCGAAGGACGCAUCGCCGAGUCUGGGGUUCUCUAGCCGUUUGCUCUCGCCUUCUCGCCACCGACAGCGUUCGCAGAGGAAGCAUGGCGAGGCGCUAGCGCAGGCAGGAGGUAGAGAUGUGUGCAUCGGAGACGCGUCGAAGAGCGACGACGGACCGAAGGACGCGCGCAGUCGUAGCCCGCAUGAUUAUGGCAGGGUGUCGCACAAGGAGUCGGAUAGAGUUUCGCAGGAGUCGUACAAGGAUUCGCAGGGGCAGUCGCACAGGGAAUCGCAUGUCGCGCAUCAGAAGCGAGAAUCGCAGAGUACUAAGCCGCAUUCUGACGUUAACGGUUGUGAUUCAGAGCAGCGAAAGGCGACUGACGGGGAUAGCUUGUUCCCGCGAGGGCAGCGGUUCCAGCAGCAGCAGAAGCAAUGCGACGGGCAAUUACCCGCAGAGGGCGCAGGGCUAAGGGACUCGGGUAUUGGGACUGGUGAAGGUGCCAAGGGCGAGCAUGGGAGUUGUCUGUCGUUAUCCGUUGCAGAUCUGAAGUCCAAACCAAGCCAAGGGAAGACUCGAGGCUAUCAGGCUGCUGGACCCGUUGCUGAGCAGCAGUCGAGUGGAAACGCAGAGACAGCAGCAGAGCAGAUACCCUUUCGCAGCAGCUUAUUACCUGACCCCACGGCAGCAGAAAACUCUCCAGCGGCAGCAGCGGUUCACGAGCUGGUCUUCAAAGCGAAAUCAAUCACGCCAUCAGACCAGUUACUCGCCGAUAACGACAUUCCCAGGCGAAUAGGGUUACCACUGGUCAGCCACGCGCUGAUGGACUGCGGGAAUUUUCUCUACCCUCCGUUCAAGAAGGCCCGAGCCACCAGAGAACCCAAGUUUCGCAAGCCCAACGGGAGCCGACUACUAGGCCUGGCCGAACCUCCGUGCUGCACAGGCUCGGAACCGAACCUGUCGUUGAGCCUGUCUUUCCCGCAAGACUGCAAUUCUGAGCGUGAAUCGCCACCUGCCCCGCUGUCUGUAACCACUCCUCGCGCUGAUAAGCACAACGGCUUAUCAGGGGAGAGUCAGCCUGCUCGCCCCAGCACGCCGGUUCCCCCCGCUACUCCGUCCUUCUCGCUUCUGGAAGGCCCUCUGUCGUUUUCCCCUAUCACGCCGGACGGGGAACUCUCGCUUGACGAUUCCGUCACGGCUGCCCGCCUCCGAGCCGUCUCAGCCGCUCGAGCAGCCGUAGAAGCACGCGCAUUCGCCGUCAGAAAAGCGCGGGCAGCUUUACGGGCAGCUGCGAAGGCGAAGGAGGCGGUAGCGGCGGUGAUAGACGCGGAUAAGCAAGAACGAGCGGCAGCAGGAACGGCAGAAGCAGGAGCGGAAGAGAGUCAUAGACGUCCGGUCAAAGCUGAAAAUGGGUUCAUGAGGCCUGAUGCUGUCAGGACGGGCGAUUUAGUGGCGGGAGGGGAGCUGGACGGUACAGACGUGUCUGGGAGCGGUGCAGUGCGGUUUACUUCGAGGUGGCGGCUGGCGUUGUCGGAGCUAGAGGCGCGCUGUGAACGGCUUUUAACGCGUACAGGAGCAACAGCUGCGGAUAGCGAAACAGGCGGGAGAGCCGUGACGGCAGGUGCAAAGGGGGAGGAGGGUGAGGAAGGGGAAGAGCGGGGAGAUGGUGAGACUACUACCUGCGUUUGGCGAGGAAAUAAGGAGAGUGGGGGCAGUGAGAAUUGUCCGUCGGGGCUGGGUGCUCAUAUCUCGCUCGAUUUCCAUCUGAGUAGACCAGAUGUUGCGAAUUGUGCGUUGGUGCCGGCAGUCAAGGAAGAGGAGACGACACGUGGGGAGAAGGAAGAGGGGUUGGUUCUACGAGAGCGGUGCUUGGCGUGGGGUGAGGAGGGAGCGACGGCAGGUGAAGAGACGCCGGGGAUUGAGGUAGGGAACGAGCCAGGGGUGCAAAGCGGCGAGGUACGGCGGUGUCUGUCUGUGGACCUGGUGAUGGGCCUUGGGUGCUCCUCGUCGCAGGGGCAAGGCGCCGGUGGCGGUCGCGGAGUGGGUGGUGGUGAUAAUGGGAGUGAGGGCGCGGGACAGGCGGCAAGGGGCUCGAGAGAGGUUGUGAGAAGGAAGGGGCGGCGGGAUGAGGGGGAAAAGGAGGACGAGGAGGACGAAGAGAAGGAGGUGGAGCAGGAGGAGGUGGAGCAGGGAGCGAUUGAGAUGGAGGAGCUGAGUUUGCCUCCUGUCUCGUGCGAGAGUGAAGAGUACAAGCAGGCACGCCCGCCGUCGCUGCCUUUUGGUGCAGCGCACUGCAAGCGGCUGUCCAAGGCUGGGAGAGGCAGCAGCGAGGGGCGCAGCCACGGCUUCGGCCUGCCAGACAGGCUAGAUGGUCUCCCAGGCGAGGCGGUGGCUCGUGAGUCUACUCAAGUGGCUCGUGAAUUGACUCAAGUAUCAUCCGACCAGGCUGGUGGGAGGGUUUCGGACACGGCGGGUUGUGAGAGGCGAGGGCAGCUGGGGUGUGGCAACAUGGCGACGUGUGGCAAGGCUUGCGUGUCAGCAGCAGCGUGCAGUUCAGCAACGGUAUCCCUUCCAUUGGCUCACACGACAAAGGAUGGCACGAGGCUGGAUGGUGAUGAUGACGACAAGGCACGGUGCGAGAUCGCUCGGGACGGGAGUUACUGUACUGCUGCCACUGAUAGCAAGGCUGCUGCUGCGAAUAGCAACGCUUCUGCGGCAGAUGGCAAUGCUGCAGCAGCUGACUGCGCACGUGCAUCUUCCAAUCAUGCAGCAACUCUUGAGGGCUCGAGGCAGGAGGGCCGUCCGGCGUGUGGCGAGGGUUCGGCAGCAACGGGUGGGAACACUGAUGCUGGGGAAUGCACAGAGAGGAGUGGUGGUGAUGCCAGUGGUGCCAGUGGUGCCAGUGGUGCAGGUGAUGAGAAGAAGGCAGAGGCGACGGAGUCUUGUAGAAAUGAGGGCGGACAGGCGGUUGGAGGGGACAAACGCGCGCUUGUGGGCAGUGCGGCAGCAGCGGGCGUGGGCACUCCGCGGCAGCGCUGCGCGUCAGACGACGAGAGGCUGGCGCGGCAGCUGCACCGCGCCUUCAACAGCUCCCCGCGCAUCCUCGCCGUCCUCGCGCCCACGCCCAAACGCUCCCGCAACCCCCGCCACCCCGCUGCGCCCGCUGCUGCGCCUGCUCCUGCGCCUGCUGCGCGUGCUGUGGCAAGUCCUGCGCUUGUUGCUCUUGGGGUGCCUGGGAAGACAGAACGGGGGGGUGCGGGAGAGGCGAAGGGGAGAGGAGAGGCUGGGGGGAAAGUAGAGGUACGGGGGAAGGUGGCAGUAAGGAGAGAUGGGGCGGUGGUGGUAGGAGAGGGCGGCGAUGGGGAUGGGAAGGCUGCUGGAAAGGGGGAUAGUGCCCAAAGUAGUGGGACGGGAGGUGGUGGGAGUGGGGGGGGAGGAUUGAACGGUCGGGGCGCGGAGGAGGGGCGUGUGCGGAAGCGAGGGGGCGGAGGGGGAGGAGGGUCAGGGGGAGGUGGUUCAGGGGGAUGGGGGGGUGGCGGAAGCUGUGGAGGGGGGAAGGCGGGUAGUAAUGGGAGGGGAGGGGCAGCAGGCGGAGGGGGAGGGGGAGGGGGUGGGGGAUGGGGUGGGAAUGGGACGGGGGGCGGUGCAGGGGGAGGCACUGGCGGUGCCGGGGAUGGGGGAAGAGAGGGCGGCGGAGGGGGAGGGGGAGGGAGAGGAGGGAGGGGAGGGGAUGUUGCUAGUGAGGAGGAAGAGGACGAGGACCGAGGGCGGAAGGGAGGGAGGAAGGCGGGCAACGGCAAGGGGGGUGGCAGGAGGAGCAGCAACAGGGAGGCUAGCAGGAAUGGGAGGGAUGGGAGUGGUGGAAGCAGCAGUGAUGAUAGCUUGAGUGACCAUGAGGAGGACGAGGGGGAGGAAGAUGAGGAGGAUGAUGAUGGAGAAAUGGACGGCUCAGAUGAUGAGAGCAGCCCCAGGCGCAGCAGCAACGCCAGCAGCCGCGAUGGCAGCAGCGGGAGCAGCGACAGGGAAGGGGAGGAGGAGGAAGAGGAGGAGGAAGAGGAGGAAGAGGAGGAAGAGGAGGAGGAAGAGGAGGAGGAGGAGGAAGGUGUGGAGCGGAAGGCGCAGAGGAAGCAGCGAAGGAGCUUGAGCAUGGCUCGAAAGGCUCGGCAGCCGCGCUCGCAGCUGGUUUGCCACCCGAGGCGGUUCCCGAAGCUGGCUCUAGCGGGGAUAAUGGAGGGCGAGGGAGGCGAGGAGGGGAAGGAGGGGAACGGCGAGGGGAAGGUGAAGGAAAGCGGGUGGGAGAAGGUGAAGGGGUUGGUGAGGGAGAGAGAAGGAGAGAAGCGGGAGAGGAGGCGGAAUGGGUUGGGUGAGGAGUAUGGGGGGGAGAGGAUCAAGAGGCAAGGGAAGGCAGAAGCGGUGGGCAGUGGCGAGUGGGAGAAGGAAUGGGAGAGAGGCGCGAAGGCUGGGUCUGCGGAGAGGGAAGCAGAAAGCCGAGCAAAGGUCAAAGAAGGGAAGGACGCGAGUGGGAGCAUGGCGUGGGGAAGGGCAAGCGAGAGAGGCAGGGAUUACCUGGGAGAGCUGGGGAGGAGUAAGAGAGAAGGCGGCAAGGAGGGCGGGCUGGCGGACGAGAGGGAGAAAGGGCGGGCAUUAGAGCGUGAGAGACCGGGGGAGAAGCCGGAGGGUGAUGAGCGGUACGAGGCGGUUGAGAGAGUCAAGGACAAAGAGAACAUCCGCGGACGACUCAAGGAUUGGGGAGAGGUGGAGAGGGGGGAGAAGAGCAAGCAGGAGGAGCGGAAGAGCGAGAAGGGAAGGGCCAAGGGGCGGGAGAAUCACUUCUCAGUAAGGAGCGGCGAGGUCGGGGAGGCCUGGAUGGUUGAGUCGAAGAAAAAGGACAAGUCUGAGGGCUUUCUGGGUGGGAAGCAGCAGCGGGAUGGGAUAGUGCCACAUUCGCUAUUGUCACACUCGUUAGUGCCUUCGUUACUGGCUCGUGCUACUGUAGCUCCGCAGGUGGAAGGGAAGCGGUGGCGAAAGAAGGGUAUUGUGGCUGGCCGUGCGCGGAGUGCUGUAGAGCAAGACACUAUAGAGGAUGUGCUUUUAGAGGAUCUUAGGGAUCGUGACACUAAGGAGGGGAUCAGGAAGGAGAGUGCUGUGAAAGAGAGGGGUGCUGUGAAGGUUGCUGGGGAGACCGGCGUGCCUCUCAGUGUGCCUGUCAAUGCCACUGGUGGCUUGAAGGCGAGCUGUAAGCGCAAGCGCAGUGCGGAGAGAAGUUUCUCGGAAGGUGCUGCUGCGGUGCGUGUGGUAACCUGUCCUGCUGGUAACCAUGUGCCGACCAGUAACCUUGCUCACCCUGGUAACCACAGGCACGCUGGUAACCACAUGCACGCUGGUAUUCACGCUCAGGCGGGUAACCACGCACACUCCUGUAACCACACUGGCUCCGGUAACCACAUUGCGGCUGCGGCAGAUUGUGCAGCAGCAGCAGCAGCGGCAGGUGGGACUGAAAGGCCAGCAGCAGCAGACUCGAUGGGAGGAGCAGCAGGGGGAGGAGGGGGGAAGGGAGGAGGAGAGCCCACGGGGGCGGUGGAGCGGAUGGGAAGAGCACCAGGCGUACCCAGGGCGAGAAGCGCGGACGCGUUUGCAGCACAGAGGCAUGCUGAGGGGUUUGCGGGGCACAGGGGCACGGAUGCGGCUGGGGGGGCGAGGAACACGGAUGGGAGUGCGGGGCGCAGAAGCGAGGACGGGCUUGCAGGGCCCAUGUCGCCACCUAGGGUCCGGGUGAAGGGAACAGAGAGUGGCAAUCAGGAGGGGUUUUGUGGGCCCAUGUCGCCGCCUAGGAACAGGGUGAAGGGAGUGGAGAGUGGCAGUGGUGGGGGCGGGAGGGAUGCGAUUCGCGCGUGCACGAGUCCCACGGGGCGAGGUGUGAUGCGCAGCAGCUCUGCAUCGUUGUGGGGUGAAGCCCCUGCACCUCACAAGGCACCAUUGCUGCCAGCAGCAGCUGCUUUUGUGCCUGCAGCAGCCAGCCCACAUACUGCGGGGUUAGAGGCUGCCCACUCACGCCCAGCAGCCAUCCCUGCGCCUGCUGAUAGUCCACGUGCUGGGAAAUCCGAGCCUUCUCCCCCACAGCCAACAGCCGUCACGGUACCUGCAGCUGCUGCUGCGGGCUGUGAGGCGGCUUCAAGGGCUCCUCCUGCAUCACUGAGCAACGCGCUUGCAGCAGCUGCAUCCGUGGAGCCUGGGAUUCGCUCGGUAGAACCUCACCCUGCAGGUCUGCACGUGGUGGUGGGGGAUGAGCAGGAGUGCGUGGGUCCCAGCGCCUCUCUCCUGGUGUCGUGCAGCUCUGCAGGCGCAGGGUUGGACGAUGGUGACCUUCAUAGUGCAGGCGUGCGGGGGAAGGGCGCAGGGAUAGAUGUGCUGGGAGGGCCAGGGCUGAAUGUGCCUGACAGUGCAGGCACGGGGGAGCAGGGGGAAGCUGUGGAGGAGCAGAGGAGGGCGGAGGGGAUGUGGGGCGUGGGAAAGGAGGAGCAGAGUGAGGUGGAAGGAGAGCGGGGUGGGGAGGCAGGGGGUGGGGAGAGUGAGAAGGGGGAGGGGAAGGUGAAGGGGGAGAGGAUGGAGAGGGAUGAGGGAGGGAGAGAGGGGAAUGUGGAUGGGGGUGUGAGGAAAGAGAGAGGAGAGAAGAGGAAGCGGGACAAGAGGGAGAGGGGUGAGAAGAGAGAGAAACGGGAGAAGAGGGAUAGAGGGGACGAGAGGGCGAAGGACAGAGGGCGAGGGGAGAAGGGAGAGAGGAGAGGCAAGGGGGAGAAGGAGAAGAGGCCCGGUGGGAAGAGGGGGAGGGGAAGAUGGGGAGAGGUGGAAAGAGGGGUGAAGGAGGAGGGGGAGCGUGUGGAGGUUGAGGGUAAGAGGAGCAGCGCAGCAACAGAGGAGCCAAUGGCAGCACUGCAUACAGGAGACGCGCGACCAGCAGAGACAGUGAAAGCAGCGGCGCAGGGGGCAGAGGCGCAGAGAGGAGAGGCGGUUGCAUUGGCUGGGGUGGUGCCUGUUGUGGCUGCUGUAGGUGACGGUGAGCAAGUGGUGGUGAAGGGAGGGAUGGGGGAGAAGGAGAAGAAGGGAGAGAAGGGAGAGGUUGAGACAGAGGGGGAGGAGGUGAAGAAGGCGAAGGGGAGAGCAGGUGAGGAGGUGGUGGUGGGGAGACGAGGGGCGGCGAGGGAGGGCGAGGCGAAACAGUGGUUGAAGGCAGAGGGGGUUGAAGGGGAGGAGGAAGUGGGCAGAUCAGAGAGUGGGAUGAUAAGGGAUGGGAGGAUGGGAGAGGAGAUGGUGAAAGAGGAGGCAUUGGAGGAGGAGAGGGUGGAGAGAGAGGAGGGGAUGGUGAGAGAGGAGGGGAUGGUGAGAGAGGAGGGGAUGGUGUGUUGGAAUGACGAUGCGCUGUCUGAUGUGAGUGAUGAUGCCGACACCGAUGCUAAUGCCGACACCAACGCUGAUGUGGAUGCUGUCGCCAGUACUGGUGCUGGUGCUGAUGGCAUCAGUGCUGGAGGAUCUGCUGCUGCGCUCAGGGAGAAGAGGCCUGAUGAGGAGAGCAGGCGUGAUGGUGGUGCGGUAGGGGAGGUUUCCGAGCCUAGCUUUGAUGCUCCUCAGAACGUGCCUCACGUCUCCGAACCUGACACGACAGAAGUGGAUGGUUACGAAGCUGCUGCUGCGACUGAAGCUAUGGAUAUGGAUGCUCUUGUGUUGAGCCGGCUCAAGCCUGCACUAUCUGAUGUCACCGAACCUGAUGCUGCCGAGCCUGAUGGAUCCGAACCUGAUGCUAUGGAUGAGAUUUCCCCUCUUCAUGUGCUCCCGGACUUGGAGGCAGCUUCAGCUCCAGGUUCAGCUGCAUCUGCUCUAGGUUAUGAAGGAGCAGGAGCAGGGGCGGAGGGAGCUUCAGGAAAUGAUGGGGGAGGAGAGUAA